AUGGAUACCAACACAUUACUUUACAUUGUAGUAUUUAUUAUCAUUGCAGUUGCAGUUAAAACUUAUAUUUUACCAGAACCAGAGGUUAAAAAACCAACUGUUGUUAAAAAGCAAAUUUUAAAAAGAGGUCGUAAACCAACCCCAGCCGACGGUUCAAAAGUUUAUUACACCCCUGAAGAAGUUUCAGUUCAUGAUAAAGAAGAUGAUUUAUGGUUAAUCAUUAAUAAAAAAGUUUAUGAUGUUACAGAUUAUGUCGAUAAACAUAUGGGUGGUUUAGCAAUUAUGAGAAAUGCUGGUAAAGAUUCCACUGAAGGUUUCAAUGGUGAACAACAUCCAAUUAAAGUAAAUCAAAUUUUAGAAGAGUAUUAUAUUGGUGAAUUACAAGAAUAA